AUGCCAGGUGAGGAUCGACUUGGCGAUGCACAAUCAAGAUCAAAGGCAAGAAGAAAAUCUAAAGGACCAGCCCAGGCACUUGAUGGAGGAAUUGAGGAUGAGCUCGAUGCAAUGUUAGACAGUGCAUCAAAGGUGGUGACUCGUACAGCAGCAUCGUCAAAGCAAAAACCAGUUCAAAAGCCUGCAGUCGAAGCUACAGGAGGUUGGUCAAAUGAUGCCAAUAACGACGAUGAUCAAGGAGAUAUACCAAUUGAAGCUGCUAUGCCUCGACGAAGUAUCACUCGUCGAGCUCCUGAAGAAAUUGUUGCUGCUGAUAUUCCGACGAUCCCAAUGGACGAUGCUGAUGAUGACGAGAGGAUUGAUAUGGCUCCCGAAACUGAAGCUGCUCCUGAAUUCUCUGUUCAUCAAAUAGCAACGUUUAAGGAGAUCGAGAAAGAAUUUUCUCGUACACGCGCCAGUCAAUAUAUUGAUCCCAAAAUCGACAUAGGAAUUCUGUAUCACAAUCUUAACUUGCAAGAAGAAAUCGAUACUGAAGAUAGGAAAGUAUGGGAUUGGGAUAAACUUUUUGUUGAAGUUCGCAAUGCGAUAACAAAUCCGAUAAUUGAAUGA